AUGGACAUUAAUUAUAAGCUUGAUGUUUUAUCCACGAAUCUUCCCCAUGACUGUCUGCAGUGCGAGGUGGAGUUUCCGACGAACAGGGAGAAAGCUGACAAUCAUUCUUCUAUUCUGUUUGUCGAGGGCACAAACAUAGAGACAGCGAACCCUAUCCUUGAGCUGGAGGCGAGAAUGGUGUUCCCAGUUGAUGGGAAGAGUAAGAAGAACCAGAACUGUUUUGUAGGGAUGGUUCUGGUUCCCCAAUAUCGGGUUCCGUUUGCCGAUGUCCCAUCGUUCACGGGUGGUUUGCUGUCGAAUCGAGGCAUUGAAAUCAGUGAUACCUAUAAUUCGAACAUGAACAUGUACAACGGCGAUAAUUGGCAACCAGACGUGAAUUAUCUUGAUUCAACGUGGAACAUCAUCAAUGCCCUUCGCGCUUGGGGUGGCACCGCGCCCCCCCGUUCUGAUAGAGGCUGGCGGUUGGGUUCACAGCAUAAUCCAACCUCCCACGAGCCCGAAGUGGAGGAAGCCGACACUGACCAUGGCUAUGACGCUGAUUCAGAGGAAACUGAAGCUGAAGCGGACGCACAGCGCCACGCCAAUGCCUCGCAGGCAGACCCAGUCGAUCCUAGUACUUCUGACGAGGAUUCCGACAGCAGCUCAGACGACUCAAUCGCCGACUCGGGGGCAAACGAAAAUGCAGACCCGUUAUUCCGCUGGCCAGGGCCACCUCUGAUCCCCUCGGACUCCAGCUCAGAAAUGGGACUCGUCCGCACUCCGCCCAUCCGUACCGCGAGCCCAAUAAUGAUGGGCAUUCCCGCUGUACCAGUGGAGCCAGAGAUGCCUUAUUUCGUCGACGUUGUCAACAGGCAAACUGAGACUUCUGCCUCGGACACCGAGAAGGAUACAGAUACCGAUGGCGAUGGUGAUCGUCAACCCCUCCAAUCUCCUCUACUUCCCCGUCGGGUUAAUAAUGUACUGGAGGUUCUGUUUCCAGAACAUCGAUACCCGGGUUUGCGAGUUUAUAUUGGUCUUUUCUGUCGGACGUUGCAGCGGCUUCUUGGAUAA